CCUUUGAAUUUCAUAAAAAAAAUGAAAAGCUCUCGAUGUCUUUUCAACUUCUUUCUGCGACGUCAUGUCCGAUCCCGCCGCAACGCAGUCGCUUCUCAACAUCAAUGCGCUGCUCGAUAACCCCGUCUUCGCCGGGGGCUUUGGCCUCGCGUCCCUUGGCGCUGUCCUGGCCUUUGCUCGCCGAGGUGUUAUCACUGCCGGUGGUAUGAUUCGGCGCCGCAUGCUCGUCAAUGUCGAGAUUAGCAGACAGGAUCCCUCCUAUCCUUGGGUUCUUGCAUGGCUAUCGCAACCCCGAGAGCAGACUUCUUUUUUUGCGAAGAAGCUAACGCGCAUCAAUAAACUGUCCGUCACUACGUCCACCAGCGUCACGCCGAAUGGUCCUACGAAGGCGAGCUUCUUUUUGCAACCGGGAUACGGCCGCCAUAUUGUCAAGUACAAGCAUGCGUAUAUUGCGGUGAAUAGGGAAAAGCAGUCUACGGCGAAGACAAAUACGGGUGAACCACAUGAGACAGUGGAGCUCACGACAUUGUAUUCGCACCGACACAUCUUCGAGGACGUCUUUACCGAGGCUCGCGCUCUUGCGCUCCAGGCCAAUGAGGGGAAGACGGUGGUAUAUUCGGUGAGAAACUUUGAUUGGGUCCCGCUGGGCGAGCCACGGAGAAAACGGCCAUUGGGUAGUGUGAUACUUGACCAAGGAGUCAAGGAGGACAUUGUCAACGAUGCGAGGGACUUCCUCGCGCGACGGCAAUGGUAUGUGGAUCGUGGGAUCCCCUAUCGUAGAGGGUAUCUUCUUUACGGGCCGCCCGGCAGUGGUAAGAGCUCCUUCAUUCAGGCCUUGGCUGGUGAACUGGAUUUCAGUGUGGCCAUGGUAAACUUAAGCGAAAUCGGCGUAACCGAUGACAAACUUGCCUUCCUCCUCACGAAGCUUCCCGAACGUACUAUUCUCUUGCUGGAAGAUGCCGAUUCCGCAUUUGUCAAUAGGAGAAAGCGUGACGGGGAUGGAUAUAACGGUGGAACUGUGACCUUUUCUGGCCUGCUGAACGCCCUAGACGGGCUGUCUGCCGGCGAAGAGCGUAUUGCAUUCCUUACGACGAACCACGUUGAGCUUCUGGACCCUGCUCUGAUCAGGCCAGGCCGAGUGGACAUGACGGUCCGUAUAGGGGAAGCUACCAGGUACCAAGCUGCUCAGAUGUGGGACAGAUUCUACGGGGAUAUAGAUGCCGAUGGUACGCAUCGAGAGAGAUUCUUGCACCGCCUGGACGAACUAGGAUUCUUCCGCGAGGCGAAGGAAGGAGAGGCGGGGCCCCGCACGAGUACUGCUGCUAUCCAGGGCCUUUUCUUGUUCAACAAGAAUGAUAUGGAGGGCGCUAUUAACAUGGCCGAGCAUCUCAUUCCGCACAAACUGGAAGCAGAGCAGUAGAUGGCUUGUACGUUAUGUGUUACUGUACCAUAUAAGAGAUACCCCGUUAUUUGACGAUCCCGAUGAAAAAGUUCACCCUACCUAUCUACCUUUGCUUGUGUAACUGCCAGGUGUAUAAGCGAGGUGCUAAUCUGCCAACAGACGCGAGGCCGUAUUUCUAUCAUCAGAUUUUGCAAGAUUGGUUCGAUUACAAGCAUUUAGAUAUACGAAUGCAGGUUACGAAACCUACGAAGCCUUAUUAUUCUAGACUUCUCUUGUAUGAUUUGGUUGUACUCGAGAAAGGGCAGCCGAUAAUUUAAGUCAUCCUCGAUAUGAUA